CGAUCAGGAAGAUAAAGUGGAUGCGUGGCAAGCCUACACACUGUUGAUUGACCUACUUAGAACAAAGUAUAUGUAUUCAUAUUUUACGAGAUUACUAUUUCUUACGCGACCAUAAUUUAAUAUGAUACUAGUUUGUCAUGCUGCAAUGCAAACGAUUAAGUAUUUAAUAUAUCAAGCAAAGGAAUCUUGCUUUACGACCGUUCAAGUCUUAUCUUGUUCGAAUACGUUAAGCGCUCAGACCAUUGAUGAUAGUACAAUCGUCCAGCUUCGAUUCUUCUGACAGAGUCGACAUUAAUUUUUAUCAAAAGCAUAUUCUGUUUUCAUUCGAUGACAGUUCCAUGCUGAUUAACUGCGAAUUUGCAAAGAAGCAGAGUAAUUACUUGCAUACUUUUUGUAUGACAAGCACCACAAAGUUGGCUGCGUGUGUUCACUUAAUCGUAUCGGGCACUGGUCAUCUAGCGUUUCGGCAGACACACACGGUGAAGCGUUUCGAAAUAAACGGAUCACAGACAGGAUAAUUUGCUGGCGAAUGAUCCUGAAUGGCUGUGAGCAGCCAAAGCUUCAGUAUGAUAACGGCUAAAGGCUCCUUUGGAAGAGAUGCAUAUGACAUGUCGCUGCCACUCACACUUCAUUUGGUACAAACAGCUUCGCUGUCGAACGUAGUACAUUAGUAGCAUUAGCUUGUACUCUGGUACUAUCGGUGCGUUCGGUGUAUA